UAUCCACUUUAGCGGGAAUGAAAACCAACGGUUGGCUGAUACAAUGCAAUACUAGCAGACGGGUAGUGAAGCUGAAAAGCUAUUAUCAAUGGCGGGUACUGCUUUUUUUUCGACUCCCUUCUUCAAAACUUCACUCAUUUCUUCUCCUUCUCCCAGAAAUCCAUGUAACCCCGGUCCACCUUUCGUGUUAAACAUCGAAAAAAGGCCUCUUUAUCGAUGCUCCGCCAAGAAAAAGAUCAGCUUUGUUGAUCAAAUUUUAGACUACAUUGAAGGGGGUCCAAAGUUGAGGAAAUGGUAUGGGGCACCUGAUCUACUCCCAAAAGAUGGAUCGGAAGAUAAAUUGGAAGAUGACUAUCCAGAUGAAGAAAGGAAUGCUGUUUUGGUAACAGAUGGAGAUAGUGAGAUUGGUCAGAUGGUGAUAUUGUCUUUGAUUGUGAAACGAACUCCAAUAAAAGCAUUGGUGAAGAAUAAGCGAAGUGCCAUGGAAUCCUUUGGAACUUAUGUUGAGUCAAUGGUUGGAGACACAAGUAACAAAACCUUCCUCAAGAAAGCUCUUCGAGGCGUGCGGGCAAUCAUAUGUCCAAGUGAAGGCUUCCUAUCAAAAGUUGAGAGCCUGACAGGAGUAAAGCAUGUAAUUCUCUUAUCUCAGUUAUCUGCUUAUAGAGGUAGCAGUGGCAUUCAAGCUCUCAUGAAAGGAAAUGCUAGAAAAUUAGCUGAGCAAGAUGAGUCUACGCUUAAGGCCUCAGGAAUUUCUUACACUAUCAUAAGGGUUGGAAUGUUGGAAAAUACUCCAGGUGGAAAGCAAGGUUUCAGAUUUGAAGAGGGUUGUGCCGCAGCGGGAACCCUUAGCAAGGAGGAUGCUGCCCUUAUUUGUGUGGAAGCACUUAACGCAAUCCCACAAGCAGGACUAACAUUUGAGGUGGUUAAUGGAGAGGAAAAGGUUUCAGAUUGGAAAGAGUGUUUGACUAGAUUGAUGGAAAAAGCACAACAAUAACUUCCACUAUUAUGCUUAAACAAUGCACAGAAUCUUGCCAGUUGCCAUCCAUUUAUUUUGAUUUUUUCAGUGUUGAUAUUUCCCAUAAAUUGGUCGACAAGAGGAAGAAAGGGAGUGCUUAUUUGUUUGUUUGAACCACAAUCUGCCUACAUGUUGCUACAAUGAAAUGGUUUGUCACUUUCUCCAUGGACCAUGUGAAUUUCAAGUCUUCUUGUUAUGUCACUUUUGGAGUUAAAUAAGUAUCUGUAAUUUUGUCACUUAAUUAGUAUAUUUGCGAAAAUCGCUAUCGAAUAAGAGCUAUUAAACUUUCUCUAAUUC